GACGAGGGGCUCGAUCCCAUGAACUGUGAGAUGGUGACCUGAGCUGAAAUCAAGGCGAGGAUGUUCAACUGACUGAGCCACCCAGGUGCCCAGAGGGGCCGUUUGAAACAGAGGGGUCAGAACUUACUAAGAAGAGGACACUUGAGCCAAGACCUGAAGGAAGAGACAAGGGACCAAGACCCUGAGUCCAGCAAGUCCUGCAGCAGACGAGAAGUCCCAGGAGGAGCUGAGGGUCCAGGAGGAGCCUCUGAAACCGAGGCAGAAUGGCCAGACCCCCUUGCCCAGGCCACCAGGGCCUGAUAACACAGCCUUUGCCUUCACAACCUUUGUUCCUACGAAGCCUCGUUUUACAAGAGGGAAAACUGAGCCUGAGGGAGGGUGAGUGGUUUGCCCACAGCCACACAGCUGGAGAAUGGUGGAACUCAGCCCAGAAACAAGCACCAGGUGUCUCCGUAGCAACCCCUCUGUGGCUUUCUGCUCGCCUGGUGACGUCACCGCGCGGAUCCGCCUCAAGUCGUCACCUCGCCGGCGCCGGAAGUGAGCGGCGCGGCGCCGGAAGCACCCGGCAGAAGCGUCCCAGCGGAGGAGUCGGCGGCAUGGGGCAGUCGGGGCGGUCCCGUCACCAGAAGCGUGCUCGCGCCCAGGCGCAGCUCCGCAACCUCGAGGCCUACGCCGCGCAGCCGCACUCGUUCGUGUUCGCUCGGGGUCGCGCGGGUCGCGGCGUCCGGCAGCUCAGCCUGGACCUUCGUCGGGUCAUGGAGCCCCUCACCGCCACCCGCCUGCAGAUACGAAAGAAAAACACUCUGAAGGAUUGUGUGGCAGUGGCGGGGCCCCUUGGGGUCACACACUUUCUGAUCUUGAGUAAAACGGAGACAAACAUCUACUUUAAGCUGAUGCGCCUCCCAGGAGGCCCCACCUUGACCUUCCGGAUCAAUAAGUACACACUAGUGCGCGACGUGGUCUCCUCCUUGCGCCGACACCGCAUGCACGAGCAGCAGUUUGCCCAUCCGCCCCUCCUGGUGCUCAACAGCUUCGGCCCCCACGGCAUGCAUGUGAAGCUCAUGGCCACCAUGUUCCAGAACCUGUUCCCCUCCAUCAAUGUGCACAAGGUGAACCUAAACACCAUCAAGCGCUGCCUGCUCAUCAACUACAAUCCUGACUCCCAGGAGCUAGAUUUCCGUCAUUAUAGCAUCAAAGUCGUUCCUGUGGGCGCAAGUCGUGGUAUGAAGAAGCUUCUACAGGAGAAGUUCCCCAACAUGAGCCGUCUACAGGACAUCAGCGAGCUAUUGGCCACGGGCGCCGGGCUGUCCGAGAGUGAGGCAGAGCCCGAUGGGGAGCACAACAUCACGGAGCUGCCCCAAGCCGUCGCGGGACGCGGCAACAUGCGGGCCCAGCAGAGUGCCGUGCGGCUCACUGAGAUUGGGCCCCGGAUGACACUGCAGCUCAUCAAAAUCCAGGAGGGUGUUGGGGAGGGGAACGUGCUGUUCCACAGUUUCGUGCACAAGACUGAAGAGGAGCUUCAGGCCAUCCUGGCGGCCAAGGAGGAGAAGCUACGGCUCAAGGCCCAGAGGCAGGACCAGCAGGCCCAGAAUGUUCUGCGCAAGCGGGAGCAGCGGGAGGCACACAGGAAGAAGAGCCUGGCAGGCAUGAAGCGGGCGCGGGCAGAGGCCAGUGGGGAUAGCGAUGCCGAGGACCCCGGCGCCCCCCCAGAGGGGACCGGCCAGCGAGAGGAAGAGGAGGAUGAAGCUGAGUAUUUCCGCCAGGCAGUGGGAGAGGAGCCUGAUGAGGACAUGUUUCCGAAGACAGCCAAACGAAGACGGCCUGCCGGGCCCCCCGGCAAGAAGCAGCGAGGAAGGGGGCAGAGGCCAGAUCGAGGCACUGACCGGAGGCCUCCAAAGGCCAAGGGCAGGCCCCAGCGGGCCCAGGCCAAGCUGGAACGCAGAGGAGCUGCCUGGGAGCACAGGCGGGGCCGAGCACGGCCACCUAAGAAAGCAGUCUGAGGCCAGGCUGGUGCAGUGGAUGGAAUGCCCCAAAUUGGGGCCCAAGAGCCUUUGCCCUGGGCUUCCACCUGGGCCUCCAGGGGCAGCCCUCGGUUUCCUUUCAUAAAGGAGCGGUUUUCUCCAA